GGCUGUCCCAGCCACUCAGAAAAAAGAAAAUAAAGCAACGCACUAGCCUUCUGGGCCCGACCGUAGGGCUGGGCUGGAGUGAAGGUGCCUACGCGGUAGUUUCUCUUUCUCCCGUACCUUUAUUGUUACUUGUGUUGGAAGGCGACUGUUUAAAGAGAGAUGAGUGCUCUGGGUUCUCCCGAGGAAGGGAAGUUAAGUCUUCGAGUCCUGUCUCCUGUCAACUCUAACCCUCAUGCCACGAUGGCAGAAGAUGAACCUGAUGCCAAGAGCCCCAAGACUGGGAGGAGGGCCCCCUCAGGUGGUGCUGAGGCGGGGGAACCUACCACCCUCCUGCAGAGGCUCCGAGGUACCAUUUCCAAGGCCGUGCAGAACAAAGUAGAGGGAAUCCUGCCCUGCAGAAAUAAAACCAGAGCCGAUCCCCACAGAUCCCCCUACCACUAUGGUCCACAAGGGCUCCUCAGACACAGUGAGCACGCAACCUCAAAUCAUUUCAAGCAAGAUGUGCAGAAAUUCUCAGACAACGACAAGCUGUAUCUCUACCUUCAGCUACCCUCAGGGCCCAGUACUGGAGAUAAAAGCUCAGAGCCAAGUACACUCAGCAAUGAGGAGUACAUGUAUGCCUACAGGUGGAUCCGCAACCACCUAGAAGAGCAUACUGAUACCUGUCUGCCAAAGCAAAGCGUUUAUGAUGCCUAUCGGAAGUACUGUGAGAGCCUCGCCUGUUGUCGCCCACUCAGCACAGCCAACUUUGGCAAGAUCAUCAGAGAAAUUUUCCCUGACAUCAAAGCCCGAAGGCUAGGUGGCCGGGGCCAGUCCAAAUAUUGCUACAGUGGCAUACGAAGGAAGACCUUGGUAUCUAUGCCACCCUUGCCUGGACCUGACCUAAAGGGCUCUGAGAGUCCAGAAAUGGGGCCAGAAGUAACCCCAGCCCCUCGGGAUGAACUGGUCGAGGCAGCCUGUGCCCUGACCUGUGAUUGGGCAGAACGAAUCCUGAAACGAUCCUUCAGUUCCAUCGUUGAGGUCGCCCGCUUCCUGCUACAGCAGCAUCUCAUCUCUGCCCGGUCUGCACAUGCCCAUGUGCUCAAGGCCAUGGGGCUUGCUGAGGAAGAUGAACAUGCCCCUCAAGAACAGUCAUCUAAAUCCAAGAAUGGUGUAGAGAACCUAGAGGGUGGAGCCCUUAAGAAAUCAGAGAGACCAGCCCAGCCUUCUAAGGAGCUGGAACCCAGGGCUGGGGCUGGCCCUACAGCACGUGGAGAGCGGAAGAAGAGUGUAGUGGAGAGCCUGGCCCCAGCAGCUAAUAACCCGCAAGUUAAUGCCCUAGUGGCUCGGCUGCCUCUGCUCCUCCCCCGGGCCCCUUGCUCACUUAUUCCACCAAUCCGAGUCUCUCCGCCCAUCCUGGCCCCCAAGCUUUCUUCAAGUGCUCUGAAAGUGGCUACGCUGCCUCUGCCCUGUGGGGCUGGGGGGCCCCAGGCAGCUGUGCCCAUCAUUAACAUGAUCUUACCAACUGUUCCUGCUUUGCCUGGGCCUGGGAAAGCUGCACCUGGGGGGUUCACUCAGUCUUGGGGCACAGAGAACAGAGAAGUGGGCACAGGUCGGGACCUGGGACCCUAUGACAAAGGUGUCAAGAGGACAGCCGAAGUUCCUGUGAGAGAGGCCACUGGGCAGGACCCACCAGCUAAAGCAGCAAAGCAGCAUACAGAGGAUACCAGAAGUGAUGCCAAAAGGAAACGGGGGCGCCCUCGGAAAAAAUCAGGUGGAAGUAGGGAGAGGAAUUCUACUCCUGACAGGACAGCAGCUGCCACGGACUCUGCCCAGUCCUCAAGGUUACCACGGGAGUCAUGGGCCUCUGUAGGGGAAAGCAACUCAGCUGGAGGGCCAGAGAGGCCAGAGGCAGUGAGAGAGGCCGAGAAGGGGAUGGUACUUGCCCAAGGUCAGGAAGUUGAUGCUGUUGCCAGGGGAGGUAGGGGCCCCAGUUCCCGGCAUGACAAAGCAGAAAGUAAAAUUCCUCUUGCCACCCCAAAAGUGUGUGUCAUCAAGGGCAGCAGAAGCCAGAAGGAGGAUCUUCUUUUGGUAAAGGGAGAGGUAGACACUACAGCACAGGGUAAUAAAGACUCAGAGGGGCAUGUGCUUCAAAAUUCCUUGUCCCAUGAGGGCUAAGACCCCAAAGCAACACCCCCAUGGUAGGUUUAUGAAGAAGAGUGUUUAUAUCCAUGUGUGAAUUCUACCUGUCUGCCUUGUAGAGGCCCUUCUCUGCACUUGCUUCUCAUUUGGCUCUUUUCCUAAGAGAAUUCAUUCUCUUCUAUAUGGUUAUCUAAGGCACCCUGUCUUACGCACUGCCUGGUUCCUGCCUCUAACCUUUCUAGCUCGAUACUCUUGGAUUUAGAGUCACUAAUAAAUCUGUAGUGGCUGCCUUACCUGGCUCCCUGUGCUAUCCUGUGGGAAGGUAGAGAUGGAGUAAGUAUGAAGAACAUAAAACUUCAGUAUUUUUCGGCUUUAAGUCAAUAGAAACUGUACUCAAACUGGCUUAAAGAUUUAUUGGCUCAUGUAAGUGGUAAGCCCAGAGGUAGCACUGGCACCAGGUAAAGGUGAUCGUGGCUCAGCAUGUUUCUAAAUACCUGGUUGAUCCUCCCCUGUCCCCCAGCUUCUCUGCCUUCCCUAAGGUCAUCUGAAGCCUGGGUUGCCUUGUGGCUGUUAGCACUCCUGGGUGUUUACAUGUUUCCUCAUUUAUGUCCAGCUGUAAAGAGAAGGCAUCUUUGUGCCAGGAACCCUAGCAAAAGCCCUAAGAUUAACUCUGAGGCCAGCCUGGGUCACAUGCUCACCCCUAACUUGUCACUGUGGCCAGGAGAAUGGUGUGUUGCUCUUUUGCAUAUUCUACAUGAUGGACUUCAUUUUGGGGAAAAGGGUGGGAUGAGCCUCCUUAGUCACAUAGCUGACCCCUCGUCACUAGUAUAAAGUCAUUUGGUUUUUUUAGCUUGCUAGGUUAAAAUCAGCUUUACCUGCUUCGUUUUUCCCUCAUAGUCUUGUGUUUUCCUUAGUAGAGCUAUAACUGCAUUCCUCUUGUUUCAGUCCCAUAAAGAAUGAGAGGGAAGUCAUUCUCCUUUAGGGACUAAAUCUUUAGUUUCAUUUAGGUGACAAUCCCUUUUUUUUUUCACCUGCAUCUCAGAGAUGGAGAUUAUUCUUUUUCCUGUUUCCCAAUUUUAGCUUUCUCCCCAUUCCUGCUUUGCUAUCCCCCAACCCUACUGUCAUUUUCACCAAGUAAAGUGAAAGAUUUACUUCCUAGUCAUUUUGUUAAAUUCAUUCUGUAUCCACCAGGUGUCAGUCUCUUGUCAUACAUGUGUCAGGACUUAGCCAGGAUUAUGGAUUUCAGGAUAGGCAUAUGGAAGGAGGUAGCCCUGCAUAUCAGGAAGCACCAGCAGGAAGGGAAUCCAGACCCUCCAGGCGUAUCCUUGGGUAAAGUAGUAAACCAAUCAGUAUUUAUUGAGGAUCCACUUGUCUUCUGCAUAGGGUAGCUUCUGUCAGGAAACCAUGGUUCUUCCCAAGAAAUACAGAUUUUCUUCCAGGGAGACUUCAUUUCAUUUGUUUCCACCACAGCAAAUUUUUUAAAGCGAUACUGUGUAAUAUUUGAUAUCUAUAAGGAAUAUAUUUAACAUGAAUAAAUUAUGAAGAAGCAUACUAAUUAAAUAAGUACCUAUGACCCAUCACCUCACACAUUAAAACAUUAGAAAUACCAUUGAAUUUCUUGUGUUCCUCCCCUGUCCUAUCCCCUAGAGGUAACCACUGUUCUUAAUUUUAUGUUUGUAUAUAUAUAUAUAUCCUUAAAGGAUGUUCAGUUUUGCUUUUUAGCUUUAAAAAAUUUUAUGCUCUAAUAGUCCCCUACAGUUUUUUUUCACUUAACAUUAUUUCAAAGAUUCAUCCAUGUUGUAGACAACUAUGAUUCUUCAUUUUCAUGUGUAUAAUAUUCCACUAA